AUGGUACCGGAGAUAUCUGACGAGGCGAUUGAAGCCUUCGUCUCGUUCACGAGCGCCUCAAAGGAACGGGCAGUUGCCUUUCUCCAGCAUAAUAACGGCGACUCUAACAGAGCUAUCAAUGCCUACUUUGAGAAUCCUGACGAUCCUUUACUACCAGUCCAGGAAAUUAUAACGAACACCGGUUCUCGCGACUACCAAGGCUCAGUGUCUCAUAGAUCGUUUGAUAUCGACUGUAUAGAUAUUACCGGUUAUGGAGCGCCAUCUCGCCCGCCCUCGCGAGUCGGAAUCCGUGAGAAGAAAAGCGUAGAGUCUACGACUCAGACAGCGAAUAUGUUGGGAACCCCAGGUUAUUCGGACAGUAUCAAUACCGAUGGCUUCACGUUGGCACAACGUGAAGAGCACGAGAUGCAGCAUGCGAUGGCCGCGUCACUUGGACAUAAUUUGCCCAUCGGAGACCAGGAAUCGGGUGUGGUCACCACCGAGGAAGCGAAGUUUGGUCCUGCAAAUAGGGAUCACUAUGACACACAAUUAUGGGCAUUGACACUACACAAUUCUACCUCUAGGGAAAUAUCCAUCGACCCGGAUCCAGAACUUCGAAAGAGGAUAGACGAUACGCCUGUCUUUCUCCGGCCUGGUGCGGAGGCGGAUCAUUUUCCUUCCUUUUUAACUAUUCUCCACUCAAUCCCCAUAGCCAGGGAGGAACUUCUUUGGAGGGAUAGGGUGAUACCAGACUAUGGUAAUGACAGCCAGUGGUGGAAUGGGCAGCCUACCUUGAACGCAAUAGAGCAGGCAGAGACACCGCUCGAAGAGGCUGUCCAUGAAACACAGCGGUUAAUGGCUUUAUUAGACGGCUCCAAACGAGCUUUUGGAAGUGCAGAUGUACUGUCUGGCCUAGUUCCUCUAAAAUGUUGGAGACCCGAAGACCGAAUAGCCAGCUUUUUCAAAAUAUGGGAAGAUAUAUCACCCCCUGAAAAUGGAGAGCUGCCGCAGAAAACAUUUUACUCGAGAGGUGUUAAACAGUCUGUUUCAGAGGACGAAUGUGUAAAUGAGCCAUUCUCAUUGCUGGACCUUACCAUCGAUAGGACUUCGGGGCGGACGCUAUACGAUCUCCUGGAUGGACAUAUAUGGUGUGAUAUGCCCGGCAAAGACCUUGACGACGUAUGGCUAGAGGAAAUUGCGCCAGUUUUCACAAUGCGCAUAACCAAUAACGGCGGCAGCCGUGUAGACUUGAAGAUUCCCGCUGUUUGGUACCCUGAUCGGUACAUGAAACACUGCAAAGAGUUUGCUGCAGAGCUUAGAAAACGCCGUAUUGUCGUUGACAUUGAGCUGGAGAGGCUGGGAGCGAUGGUUGAUCGAUUCCUAGCCAAAAAGGGUAGUGUGUCGAUUGAUACAAUCGUGGAGAAUGUCGUUGCUGGUUCACAGGUUGCGUUGAAUGGCCCAUACCAGGCUGAGGGCUCUUCCCCAACCACGGAAGAAGACGUAGCUAGUCUUGUUGACCAGUUGAAAAAAUUGACAGAGCAGAUUACCCAUAAGAUAAAAGAACUGGAGGAAAGAAAGACACAGGCUAUUGAGAGUCUGCGGCAGCUUUCCAAUUGUUUUACUGGCCAGGCUUCCUCUGCAGAGGAGUCACCAAGGCACAAGUAUACUCUCCGCGGCGUGUGCACGGAGCCACAUAUCUUCUACGUAUUGAAGCCCCGAAAGCCAGACAUGGGCCUGAUGACGGAUGAUGCUCCCGAUACACCAGUGUCAGAUGGAUGGCAGUGGUGGCGAGUCAGCUUUUCAGUCGAUGAUGCAAAAGUUAGCUCUGGGUCUGCGACUCUGAAACCGACUACUCAAGCAGAGUUGUCUACAUCUGCUCAGACAGAUGGCAAAGUGGUAGUAUCUCGAGCUACUGUGGCUAAUAACGUGGAUAUCAUUGGGUACACGGCACGUCCGGUGCGGGAGAUUGAAGUGCUUCGUGCUGCAAAGGAAGAGUCUUCCAAUAUUCUUCUAGUAUAUGCCAACGAAGAGGCCAUGAACUUCGAGGCUGGGGAUCUCCCUGAGCCAUUGAAGAAUUUCAUAGACAAAGACAACGAACUGUUCGAGCAAGAACUUGCAGAGUUCACAGCCGAACUUGAAGAGAAGGCGAAUGCUGAGGGAAAGGCGGACGCUGCCUACUCUGCUACUGAGCAGGGCGACGUUCUUAUGGAAGAGCCCGGUCCCGCCCAACCAGCGGCGCCAGGUGACGGCGAGGAACAAGAGUUCAAAGGUCAAGAGAUGCAGGAACGCGCAGGGCAGCAUAGUGUCGGUAUCGUCCCUCCGCCGACAGCCCCUCGACAGCGAGCUGGUGCUGGCGUACAGGCUGGAUCGAUGGACCAGAUCAAGGAGGAGAGUGACGAGGACCACAUGCAUAUCGACGUAGAGACUAGACCAGCUCCAGCGGCAUAA